AUGCACCCGGUCCGGCUCAACUGCAACGCUCAGUCGCUACUGGCUGGGGGCGCAAAUAGAAAGUUGGAAACAAUCCAACCGGGGGACUGUUUGACUAGGCCACAUGGCAGAGCCAUUCCUCAAUUCACCAUGUGUCUAGGGAACGAGCUGUCCAACCGGGGGACUAACUCUCAGCCAGCACAUACAGCCGACACAGUCAAAGCUUGUACGCCUGAAAUACCAGUCCUACGCGUGCAGACUACCCCAAAUCCAGGGUCCACAGCAACAUCCCCUCAAGGAUGCCCUGAGUUCUCAUCGUAA